AUGAUCUUUGAACCGGCAGAGAGGAUCCUGCUUCCAACAAAGGACCUGUUGUCCUACAUUUUCGACGAGCCACCAUAUGAUCAAAACAACCCAAUAUACAUUGACGUCCAAAAUCCCACCAGGUCGAUAUCUUGUAACCAGGCGCGAAAGCUCGUUCGUCAGCUCAUCGCUGGCCUGCGGGCAUCUGGUAUCCAAAAAGGCGAUUGUGUUCUCAUCCAUUCCUUCAAUGAUAUAAGUUAUAGCAUUCUUGUGCUGGCCAUCAUCGGAGCUGGGGGAUGUUUCACAGGAUCAAAUCCAUCUUACACUCCAUAUGAGCUCGUUCACCAUAUCAGGGCCUCCGAAAGCAAGUUCCUUUUCUCCGAGCCCGAGAUCUUGGACUCUCUCAUGAGUGCAGUUGGAGAGACAAAUAUACCAAAACAAAAUGUGUGGGUUUUUGACAACCUGGGGCAAGCCAUUCCGGAUGGAAUACAAUCAUGGAAACAGUUACUAGAAGUCGGCGAGGAGGAUUGGGUGCGAUUCAACGAUCUAGAAACUUGCCAACAGACUACAGCGGCGAGGCUGUUUAGCAGUGGCACCACUGGUCUCCCCAAAGCCGUCACAAUAACACACCAUAAUCUUAUUGGACAGCAUGAGCUUGUUCAUGGCGUGAAUCCGCGUUCUUACCCUAUCUCACGGGUCAUCGCGGUACCCAUUUUUCAUGCAUCUGUAGCUCCAAUCUCACAUAUUUCAACGCUGAAAGCCGGCUCAGUCACAUACAUGAUGCGUCGGUUCGACCUCGAGACAUACCUCACUACAGUUGAAAAGUACAACGUCACCGAUCUUGCUAUGGUUCCACCAAUCGUAAUAGCAAUCCUCAUGUCCCCUCUUUCUCAAAAGAGACCUUAUCUGCGAAACGCCCGAAGGGCAGGCUGUGGAGCGGCUCCAUUGGAUAAGAAUGUCCAAGCCAGGUUCCGCUCGCUGAUGGGCGACAACGCUCCAUUCACCCAGGUAUGGGGCAUGACUGAAACAACCUGUGUGGCUACCAUGUUUCCCCAUCCUGAACAUGAUGAUACGGGAUCUGUCGGCCGGCUUAUCCCAAACCUCGAAGCUAAACUCAUCGACGAAGACGGGAAGAAUAUCUCGGCAUUUGGCGUCCGUGGCGAGUUGUGUGUCCGAGGCCCGACAGUGACACCCGGGUACUUCAACAACCCCGAGGCUAAUGCCGAGUCCUUUGACUCUGACGGUUGGUUCAAAACGGGCGAUGUAGCCUAUUGUGACCAGCGUACUCGCAAAUGGUAUAUUGUGGAUCGCAGGAAGGAACUGAUCAAAGUCCGCGGCUUCCAGGUGGCCCCACCGGAGCUCGAGGCAGUGCUCUUGUCGCAUUCGCAGAUUGUGGAUGCAGCGGUGAUUGGAAUCACAUUCCCUGGUGCUGAUAUCGAGUAUCCGCGCGCCUAUGUGGUUCGAAGGCCCGGCGAUUCAGGGUCCAAACUAACGGAGGCUGACAUUCAAGAGUAUAUUUUGAGCCGCCUUGCGAAAUACAAAGCACUCACAGGUGGUGUGAAAUUUGUCGGCGCAAUCGCACGGAACCCAAGUGGAAAGAUAUUGAAGAGGGUAUUGCGUGAAGAUGCUAAGAAAGAAAUUGAAGCUGGCCUCCUCAAAGCUAAGCUUUAA